AUGAUUCCAUGUGUCAUCUUGCAAAACAACGACACGUUCACAACACUUUGUGAAGACAACGACACGUUCACAACACUUUGUGAAGACAACGACACGUUCACAACACUUUGUGAAGACAACGACACGUUCACAACACUUUGUGAAGACAACGACACGUUCACAACACUUUGUGAAGACAACGACAAGUUCACAACACUUUCUGAAGACAACGACACGUUCACAACACUUUGUGAAGACAACGACACGUUCACAACACUUUGUGAAGACAACGACAAGUUCACAACACUUUGUGAAGACAACGACAAGUUCAUAACACUUUGUGAAGACAACGACAAGUUCACAACACUUUGUGAAGGCAACGACAAGUUCAUAACACUUUGUGAAGACAACGACACGUUCACAACACUUUGUGAAGACAACGACACGUUCAUAACACUUUGUGAAGACAACGACACGUUCAUAACACUUUGUGAAGACAACGACACGUUCACAGCACUUUGUGAAGACAACGACACGUUCACAACACUUUGUGAAGACAACGACAAGUUCACAACACUUUGUGAAGACAACGACACGUUCACAACACUUUGUGAAGACAACGACAAGUUCAUAACACUUUGUGAAGACAACGACCAACACAAAACAAUGUGUAAAGCCAACGAAAAGUGCAAAGAAAAGGAGUUGAAAACACCGAGUACAGAACCUGUUUAA